UGAGCGUGCGCGGGCGCGUCGGCCGGCGAAGGAGCAGCAAACGGCCGGCGGCGGGCGCCGCGCGGGGGGCGGGCGACGCGGAGGCGGCGGUGGCCAUGGCCGAGGCAUCGCCGCAGCCCGGACGGUACUUCUGCCACUGCUGUUCGGUGGAGAUCGUGCCUCGCCUGCCGGAUUACAUCUGCCCAAGGUGCGAGUCUGGCUUCAUUGAGGAGCUUCCAGAAGAGACCAGGAACACAGAAAAUGGCUCUGCCCCCUCCACAGCCUCCACCGACCAGAACCGGCAGCCAUUUGAGAGUGUGGACCAGCACCUGUUCACGCUGCCGCAGGGGUACAGCCAGUUUGCUUUCGGCAUCUUCGAUGAUAGCUUUGAGAUUCCCACGUUUCCUCCUGGGGCACAGGCCGAUGAUGGCAGGGACCCCGAGAGCCGACGGGAGAGAGAGCACCAGUCUCGACAUCGGUACGGAGCCCGGCAGCCCCGGGCUCGCCUUACUGCCCGGCGGGCCACUGGCCGGCAUGAAGGUGUCCCCACGCUGGAAGGGAUCAUCCAGCAACUUGUGAAUGGUAUCAUCUCCCCGGCCGCUGUACCCAGCCUGGGCCUUGGUCCCUGGGGCGUCCUGCACUCGAACCCAAUGGACUACGCCUGGGGGGCCAACGGCCUGGACACCAUCAUCACACAGCUCCUCAAUCAAUUUGAGAACACGGGCCCCCCACCCGCAGACAAGGAGAAGAUUCAGGCCCUCCCCACAGUCCCCGUCACAGAGGAACACGUGGGCUCAGGGCUGGAGUGCCCCGUGUGCAAAGACGAUUACGCACUGGGCGAGGUCGUGCGGCAGCUGCCCUGCAACCACCUGUUCCAUGACAGCUGCAUUGUGCCCUGGCUAGAGCAGCACGACAGCUGCCCAGUCUGCCGCAAGAGCCUCACUGGACAGAACACAGCCACCAAUCCCCCAGGCCUGACUGGGGUGGGCUUCUCGUCAUCCUCGUCCUCAUCCUCGUCCAGCUCGCCCAGCAACGAGAACGCCACAAGCAACUCCUGA